AUGCUUGCGGUCGAUGUCGCCGGCAUGACAGGUGCCAUGAUGCUGCAGCACACGUUGUUGCGACGGCUGCUGGUAUUCUGGCCACAUGCACGCGACAUGGACCCGAAGGAGCAGCAGCAGAUGGCGAACCGGCUGAUGCUGUUCGUGGCUCCCCCCACCAUGGUCACUCUGAGCGCGGUUUUCCUGUGCAGCGACGGCUUCACGGACCCGGAAGUUCGCUGGGCGAACGUGGCUUCAGGGCCUGCCACGACGGGUGAGUGGGCAGGCCGUGUCUUCGUCGGCUUCAACCUCUACGAGUUGGUCUUCUACGCCGCCUAUGGCAAGGGCGUGGCCUUUUGGCUGCACCACUUGGUGACGCUGGUGAUCUGCCUGCAUUGGCUCACACUACGCACGGCCACAUUCUGGGGAUGUGCAGUCAUUCUCAUGGAGAUCACUACGCCGUGCCUAGUCGCCACGCGGAUGAUGAAGGAAGCCGGCUGGACGAAGGAGCCACUGUACAAGCUGGCAGUUAGCAGCUGCUGGGUGUGUUGGAUCGCCGUGCGAAUUUGCUUUGUCUUCGCCUUGAUCCUCGUCUAUUGUGGCGAUCUUUACCGUGGCUUACCUGCCCAUGUUCCAAUGCACUUCGCGCUCAUGAACGGAGUUUCUGUUCUUGGCCUCUUCGUUCUAUCCUGCAUCUGGUUCGUGUCCAUCACGAAGAUCUUCCUCAAAGUCGUGACCGGCCAGGAGAAGAAGAAGGAGCCCGAACCCCGCUGCAUGCCGGGCUUCGACGACUGCGACGUGCAGAGUUACAUGAGUUACAUGGACAUUGGUAGCCAGGAUGACUACAUGUGCGAUUGCCCGUGCUGCUGUCCUGAGCUCUACACCGGUUUCGGGGAGUGGGCCCACGACGUCAAGACCCGGAAUCGCAAGUGGAUGCUUGGCGACAGAGCUUUGAGAGGAGAAGACUCGCGACGGCCGGCGCUUCCGGCGCGUCCCGGUGGCCAACGGCGUCCGUGGGCACUCGUACUCGGCAAGGAUGGCGCGGCGGAUGCCCUCAGCUUACAGGCUGAUGAUACGGACCUGUUCUUUAGUGUGCACAACCCAACAGCUGCCGUGCAAACGCAGACCGACGAUUUCGACGAGAGCCUGCUGCUGGACUUGAAUGCCGGCGAGGAGGGGGACGUCCUGAAAAAUCUGCGCGACCUGCCCUCGGUGCUCGAGGAUGCGCUUGGUGAAUGCGCCCAUGCGAAGAACAUUGCAACAGCCUUCCAGGAGCAACUAGAGACCGUCAAGGUCUGCAUGUCCAGCCAAUCUAGCAGUUCCAGCCGUUCCAGCUGGGCGCGAGAGGCUGGUGCCAGGACGGCUCUCGGCCAAAGUGUGCAGAACAUCCGAGAGGCAGCCAGCAGGCAUAUCGCGUCGCUUCGGCAGAGCCUGUCCUUCAAUCCGGCUGCUCCGACCGGAGCUAUAUCAGGAGUCGCAAAAAGGACCACCAGCCAUGACAAGAAGAAGAAGAAGGUUUCAGAAGCCGAGACCACGGCUCGGAAGGAGUCGAGCGAGCACAGGCCAGCGCGGUCGACGCUCCACCUGAGAGGGGGGUUCCAGUUCUCCGGAGCCUCCGCAGCCUCCGCAGCCCUGGUCCCCUCGGUGCCGCCACCGCCAGUGGCCAGCGCCCCACGUGCCAGCGCCCCGCCGGCCAGCGAGGCCCAGGCCCCGUGUCGCCGCCGGCGGAAGGAGAAGGAGAAGAGAGACUCUGCAACGAGUUUGAAAAGUCCAAGCCCCCCGCGGGUACAGGACCGUGCACACGCCGCUACAUAUGGAGCGAGUCGCAGUUCUUCCCGAGACGAGGCCCGGGCACGCACAGGGAGCGAUGCAGCCGGUCGCAGUUCCUCCUCGGACCAGGAGGAGGCCAAGGGUGGGGCUUUGCCAGCAUCUCCAGCUUUGCAGGCCCAGGCCAAGGCCUUGCCUGUCGCCGAGGCCUUAGCGGCGGCUGAGCAGGGAGUGCAGGCAGAGGCAUUCUUUGCUCCUGACGGCCCAGCCAGCGAGGUGGCCUGGGACAUGGCCUUGGACGACGUCUGCGCUCUGGAGAACAAGUCGCAGGAGGACGAUGACGAGCGCGAAGCAGAAGAGUCCGAAGAAGCGGAAGCACCGAAAUCACGAAGCUUACGCUGCCAUCUCCUUUUUUCAUCACCGCUCUGUAUGGAGAGGCCCAUCUCACUGGGCCUCUGCUGCAAAGGCGCUCCCUCCAAGGACACCGUGGAAGCUCUCUGCCGCGACUUCGGCCUCGAGUUCCGAAGCCUCGAGCCGGCGGUCCUAAGCUCGGUGGCGGGCGAGGCAGCUCUGUGGAAUCGGCGCCACAAACAUGCAGAGGCGAUGAUCCAGCCGGGAGACGAGCUUUUCAAGGUGUUCUUGCUGGCGCGGCGGGAGGACGCCUGCCCGGAAGCGCCCCAUCCACCUCCUGCGUCCGGCCCCGCUGAAUCGCCCUCCCGAAGCGUGGCGCCGCCGAUCCUCCCAGGUGCACCAUUGGAGAUUCUGGCGCAGGGCCAAGGGCCUGGGACCUUGGUGGCGCAACUGGUGAACCGCAUGCCGGCGCUUGCCAAGGUGCCGGAGGUGCAACUGCAGCUGGUCUUCAAGGGAAUGCGCCCGCUACCACAGCUGCAGGUAGAAGAGGAGGUCGCAGAAGUUCGCCAAAGCGGCUGCGAGGUGUUGCCGUCGGCGGCCACGUCCCAAAACCUGCGACAGCUUAUCGCGCGUGCUGAGUGCGAGGUGCUGCACCUGGCGCUUCACUGCUCAUCUGGCCAGGCCCGACAUCUCUUCCUCGAAGACCCCCAGGGCAAGGCUCACAUCAUGACCGCCGAGGACUUCCAGCGCCUCCUGACGGAUGGACAGGCAUCGCAGUGCGUCAAGCUGGUGGUGCUCAAUGCAUGCCAUUCCUUCGCAGUGGGUCAGCACUUCGUCCAAGCCGGGGUCAAGCACGUGGUCUGCGUGCAGGACGACAAGGAGGUCCGCGACAACAGCUGCCGCCUCUUUGCCCGGAACUUCUUCAGCGCCCUAAGGGCGGGUCGAAGCAUCGGCGAGUCCUUCGGGUGCGGGGUUGCUUCCCUCCGCCACAGCUCGGAUGGGAUGUGCCAGAAGGAUGCCGCCUCCUUCGUCCUCCUCCCGGAAGGCGGUGACCACAACGUUGUGCUGGCUGGUGUGGCCACUACCUUGCCGAGUUUCGCAUCACCGCGGUGGCUUCCUGCGCGGGUGGAGGACUUCAUGGGCCGCGAGGUGGACAUCUGGAGGCUGCUGUGCCACUUGAAGUCCAGGCGGCUGGUAACACUGUCGGGGAGCAAAGGCAUCGGGAAGACGUCGCUGAUGGUGGCUGCCGGCCGAUUUGUGCAGAUGCGGCGCGGGGAUAGCUUCCAAGAUGGCUUUCAGGAGGUGUACUGGCUAAAUGGUGAUAUCCCAAGCAAGAUCUCGGAGAACCUGCAAGAUCUCUUGCGCGCGUUGCAGGAGUUGCAGGACCCGAGUCUACUGGUACUGGCCGAUGUGCCCAGCGUCUCCUCCAACAAUUUGCCUCUGAAACAGCUCCUGGAGGCCAACGCGAAGGUUCGGCUGGUACUGGAGGUGGCAGAUGCCUCCCCGAAUCUAAAGGACCAGCUAGGCAGCCUCAACGUGAAGCCGACGAAGAUGGAGCUGGGCCCUCUUCAGCCUCUUGCACAGGCGCGCCUGUUCCUUUGCCGUGCGGCCCGGCCCCUCUACGACUUCGAGUUGGCAGAGGAUCCAGGAGCCAACGCGCCCAGCACUCCGCCAAAGAUCGCCGAGGGCUUUGGGCAAGCGUUGGGGGAUCUCAUGGUCCUCGCAGAGCUUCCCUGGAUGCGAGACUACGAAGGAAACCCGUCGCGCAUCGUCGACGCGGCCCAAGCGCUGAAGCCUUGGAAAGCGGCGAAGCCGGACGAAGCCAGGCCUUCGAAGGGCAAGUUGGUGAAAGUCUUCGCCGUCCGCCCGGAUGGAGAAACGGACAAGCUGCUUCUGCGGGACACCAUGACCAUGGCCGAACUCAUCGAGACGAAAGCUCCGGGUGAUCUUCGACCCAUGGAGCUGGAGGUGCUUAUCGAUGAUUUCCUGGCGCCGCUGGACGCCACCCUGCGUGACUUCUUGGACGAGGACGGAUCAACUGGACCUAUCACGCUGCAUUUUCGCAAGAAGCCGUGCAGCCUGUGA